GUCUGAAAGCGACCGACAGCGGAUCGUACUUCAGCUCCCAAGACUCAACCUGCCCCUCCGACUCGGGCUCUGCGGAAGAGGUGGAUGAGUACGAGAUCCGAGAUGGAAGCGAAGGAUCCAACCUGAUUCACAUGUCGAACAGUGACCUGUCCGUCUCGAUGGCCUCCUUGUUUUCAGAUGCGGACAUCAAGAGGAGCCAGCCCCCGAGUAAAAAGUCCUUCCUUUCCUCUGGUUCCAUGAGCUACCACAGCUUCCUCAACUCCAACUCAGCAGAAGCCGUGGCCAUGGGCUUGCUCAAGCAGUUCGAAGGGAUGCAGCUACCCGCGGCCUCCGAACUGGAGUGGCUGGUACCCGAACAAGACGCCCCGCAGAAGCUGCUGCCGAUUCCCGAUUCGGUACCCAUAUCUCCGGACGACGGGGAACACGCCGAUAUUUACAAGCUCCGCAUCCGGGUGCGGGGGAACUUGGAGUGGGCCCCCCCACGCCCGCAGAUCAUCUUCAAUAUCCAUCCAGCACCAACGAGGAAGGCAGCAGUGGCCAAGCAGAACUACCGCUGUGCUGGCUGUGGGAUCCGGACCGAUUUCGAUUACAUCAAGCGGAUGCGCUACUGCGAGUACCUGGGCAAAUACUUCUGCCAGUGCUGCCACGAGAACGCCCAGAUGGUCAUUCCCAGCCGCAUCCUUCGCAGGUGGGACUUCGGCAAAUACUACGUCAGCAAUUUCUCCAAGGACCUGCUGCACAAGAUCUGGAACGAUCCGCUCUUCAACAUGCAGGACGUUAACUCGGCCCUCUACCGGAAGGUCAAGCCUCUCAACCAAGUCAGGCUUUUAAGAAUCCAGCUGUACCACAUGAAGAACAUGUUCAAGACAUGUCGCCUAGCUAAAGGACUUCUGGACGCCUUCGACGCAGUGCCCGGCCACCUGACCGAAGACCUUCACCUUUAUUCCUUAAACGACCUAAGCGCCAUCAAGAAGGGGGAGCUUGUCCCCCGCUUGACCGAGCUCCUCCGGGUGGGAGAGCUGCACGUUGAGAAAUGCAUGAGUGUCGAGCUUGUUACCACAAGGGCUGCUUCCGGUCGGGACCCUGCCCCAAAUGCGCCCGCCUGCAAGCUCGGCGGGAGCUCCUGGCCAAACAGAGCCUGGAAGCCGACCUCUCCGACUACGAGCCGGACGAGGACACGGUGGGGGCAGCCACGUGACAGCCGAGAAGCUGCAAGUCGCCGCACCUCCAAAGACUGCACUGACCCAGCGGCGAAGCCGGCCGCUCUCCGAAGCCCCAGCAACGGAAGGCCUUCGCGGCUUUGGGCCUUUGAAGCGAAGUUUCUCUCCUUCUGCUGGACUCGAGCGAACAGGUUCGGCUCUUGCGGACAACAGAUGCACGACGAAUGUUCCUUUCUACGGAAAAGCGGAGGAGAUGGCUCAGCGUGCGUCCUACAAGCUCCAUCCAUGGGGAGAAGCCAAGGAAGGGCUUUCCGGAGGCGGAGUUCCCCGACAGGAUCCAGCCACGCUCGUAAAAGGGAAAAUCAACCGUCCUUUCUUGUUUGACUUACCGCAGAGGUCCCGAAACUUGGCAACUUUUAAGACUAGUG